AAGCAAUAAAUAAAGCCUUUCCGGCUGCGAAUAUAUCCUGUAACACCGAAAGCGAUUUUAAAUUUGUUUUAGCUCAGUCCAACCAUAAAAGUUUGACGCGGAGAUGAGACGCCAAAUGGCAAAUAUAACUUUAACCAGAGCACUCUACCUGUUUACCAUCAAAUACAAAAAAAAAUCGAAAUUCCUCGGUAUGGCGGGUGCUACAAUUUGCAUAUCUUAAAAUACAAGUAAAUGUGACUGGCAAGAGGCAGCACACUUUCAGUUUUAAAGAAGCCUUGAAUCACAUUGACAUGUAAAAACAGAGCAUGUCUCAAUUCCAGCAUCCAGAAAUGUGUGAAACUUCGUUUCUUCUUUCAGAAAAUCUUUGCAAUUUCCUCUAUCCUGAACUUCCAACGUUGGUUCAGGGACUAAGUUGGGUAUUGCUUUACAGUACUCGGAGGCAUGGAUUUUCACUUCGAACUUUAUAUCGGAGAAGCACCUUUUGCCCUGGCCCAUGUUUGCUGGUGGCAAGGGAUGCUGAAGGUACUAUUUUGGGUGGUUUAUUAGAAGCACCCCUUCAGCCAUCCACUAGAAAAAGAUAUCAGGGAACAAAUAAUACUUUUGUUUUCACAAAUGUUUCUGGAAAGCCAGAUAUAUUUCGUCCAACAGAGCAAGGCAUUUCGAAGAUUUCCAAGACAUUUCAAAAGUUUUUUAAGGCAGUGAAGGGGAAGCGAACUAGAGUUUUUCAGACACAAACAAAGAUUUCCAUCCAUUUCUCAUCUCAUUUUCAAGGUGACAGAUUGUAGAUGACAGCUGAGGCGGACUCAUUGAGGAAAACACAAAUGAAGUUUCAAGCAAAUAAGGACUUCCAAUCUGAAUCGAAGAUGUCUUCAACAUGGAAAAAGGUUGGUGAUACCAACCUUGGACAUAUUGAUCUCAAAGAAUUCAAAAAGAGAAUGCAUGGACUCGAUAGACAAUUGCCUACGCCUAUUGCCAGGAGGAAUUUCAAGGCAUCAAGAAAGAAAAGUCCUCAGACUUGGUGAAAAUAUAAAAAAAAAAAUCCGGGUUUCUUGGGGGAUUUCAUCUACAAUCCCAGACCGAUUGAAGCAAUCAGGGCAACUUCUUGAAGGAUUUCAUCUCCUAAAGAAUUAAAGACAUGCUCCAAAUCAGAAUCAAAUGGUGACAAGAAGAGUAUUCCAAACAAAUUUCCAUACUUAGACAAAUUCUUGACACAAAUUGGAGAAUUCAAGGGAUAACAUCAAUCCAGUUCAAGCAGGAGGAAUUUCAAAGCAAUCGGGAAAGAAAAUUUCAAUAACUUCAAGUCCAGACAUUUGCUCCAAGGGGAGACUUUUAGACCUCAAAGAUUCAAAUGCAAGUGAGAAGAAGAGAUCGAAAUCUCGAAAGGAAUCCAAGAUCAAAGCUUGGAAGAAGCAAGCACAAAGGACAGAGUUGUCGGCAAGGAAAGAUACUCUAAGGCAAGUACGUGGAAGAAGAACAAAAUGAUGAAGGACAUCCAACACCCUGAGGUGGCACCUCGUCAUCUUCCAACCAAUCAAAUUGUUCCAAGUCAACAUGUCCAAGUUCAAUGAACCUAACUGAAGCUUCUAUAAGGCACACUCUGCAAUGCAACAACCUUCUAUUUUUAUUAUUGGUUUAUAUUUAGCAAAAGGACAAGUGUCCCCAAAUGUAAUUUUCUCAUUGGUCGAGAGUUAGUUAGUUGUAACAAACCCUAAUUAGGGUUUUAUUUUGUAAUCUCGACCGUUGAUUCGAAAUCAAUCAUGGCCAUUGAAUUGUAAUUGGAGAGCCUAUAAAUUGAGCUCACCCCCCAUUUGUAAAACAUGGGAGCAUGUUGCAAAACAUGUUGAGAUAAGCAAGUUGUUGCUUACGAUU